CGUGUGCGUUUGACGGAUGAUGGUGUGAUGUAUUUGUAUAUAGUGAUUAGUGAGAUAUUCUGUACCUGUUGUGACAUACAUGUGCAAAUAGUAUUUUACGUGCUAAUAUCUGGUGCAACAUGGAUUACGAAAGUUUAAGUACUUUAGAUGAUGAUGACAGUAUGAGGGUUGAACGCAAGGAGGGUGGUAAACGAGGUCGCAAACCUGGAAGAAAAUCUUCUACUGAAAAAGUAGAUGUAAAAGCUAAAUUAGAACGCAGCAGGCAAAGCGCUAGAGAAUGCAGAGCCAGAAAAAAAUUACGAUAUCAAUAUUUAGAAGAAUUGGUAGCAGAUCGAGAAAAGGCUGUUUUUGCUUUGCGCAAAGAACUUGAAAAGUAUCGACAAUGGGCUGUAGAUUUGGAUGAAGGAAGAGUGCCCGACGGUUUUCAAAGUCAUCUAGAAGAAAUUGGCGCAGUUAAGCAAGAAAAUUUCCUAGCAGAAUAGUACUACAUAUAUUCUAUUACUCAAUUGCAUAUUUUUUAUUAUGAAACAUUAUAUUUGUUAAGAAUUAUUUUUGAAUAUUCUAUGAUUAUUCUAUAAUUUAAUUUUAAUUGAAUGAUAAAGCACCAGAAGCAUGUGCGAGCGUGCAUUGAUAUAUUUUUAGAGUAGAGUAAGUAAAUUCUUUAAUCCUUUUAAUCUAAAAGGAAACUGUUCAUUGCAGAAAUUUAUCUUUUAUUCGAAUCAUAUUACUCUUCAGAAAAAUUGACAAUGUUUAGUUGUCUGCAUAUAUACAGAUUACAGGAAAUUCCUGAAUUC